GUGCUUAUGGCUUACUUAGUCUGGGAUUUUCCUCUUCAUCCAUGCGGACAGCCAGAAAAAAGGGGCAGGGCUGUAAAAUAUUAAGGCAGGUUUCCAACACUGGACUGUUUCUCAGGGUCCCGCUGUCUGCCCGUUGCCAGUAUUAAAUCUGUCAGAAUUCAGGCUGUCUCCUUUUCCAGAUCUCUGGGCAAUGCUGCCAGCUAAAGCCGUCUCCGCCGGGCUCUCUUGACGAGCGGUGAAUCGAAAAGCCAUGGGGAGGCCGGUUUGUCUGCUCCUGCUUGUUGCUAUUUACUUCUUCCUGAAAGGCGGCUGCUGUUCGGAAGCCGAACACCGGCUCUACGAAGAACUGUUUGCGAACUACAAUAAUAUCAUCAGGCCGGUGGAGAAUGUGUCCGACCCGGUCAUUAUCUGGUUCGAGGUGUCCCUGUCUCAGCUGGUAAAGGUGGAUGAAGUGAACCAGAUCAUGGAGACCAAUUUAUGGUUGAGACACAUCUGGAACGAUUACAAGCUCAAGUGGAAUCCAGAGGACUAUGGAGGGGUCCGGUUCAUUCGAGUGCCGUCGCAUAAGAUCUGGAAGCCAGAUAUCGUGUUGUAUAACAACGCUGUCGGGGACUUCCAGGUGGACGACAAAACCAAGGCCAUCCUGAACUACACGGGCAACGUCACGUGGAUGCCCCCGGCGAUCUUCAAGAGCUCCUGCAAAAUAGACGUGACCUACUUCCCCUUCGACUACCAAAACUGCACCAUGAAGUUCGGGUCCUGGUCUUACGACAAAGCCGAGAUCGACUUGGUGCUGGUCGGCUCCGCCAUGAACCUGAAGGACUACUGGGAGAGCGGCGAGUGGGCCAUCAUCAACGCCCCGGGCUACAAGCACGACAUCAAGUACAACUGCUGCGAGGCGGUCUACCCCGACAUCACCUACUCGCUCUACAUCCGGCGGCUGCCCUUGUUCUACACCAUCAACAUGAUCAUCCCUUGCCUCCUGAUCUCCUUCUUGACCGUGCUGGUCUUCUACCUGCCCUCAGACUGCGGGGAGAAGGUGACGCUGUGCAUCUCGGUCCUCCUGUCGCUGACCGUGUUCCUCCUGGUGAUCACGGAGACCAUCCCGUCCACCUCGCUGGUGAUCCCGCUGAUCGGGGAAUACCUGCUCUUCACCAUGAUAUUCGUCACCCUCUCGAUCGUCAUCACCGUCUUUGUCCUGAACGUGCACUACCGGACUCCCAGGACGCACACCAUGCCCGAGUGGGUGAAGGCCAUUUUCCUCCGCUUCCUCCCCAGGAUCAUGUUCAUGACCAGGCCGGCCGGCGAAGACGGCGACGGCCCGAAGCCGAAGUCCCCUUACGGCGCCGAGCUCUCCCACUUGAGCUGCCUCGGCACCUCCGAAACCAAGUGCUGCCGGGAAGGCUUCGUGUGCCAGGACGCGGCCUGCGGCGGCUGCCCGCACAAGUACAUCAAAGUGGGCGGCAACCUGACGCAGAGCUCCAGCUGCGAAUCCGUGGACGCCCUGCUGCCCUUCUCGGUGCUGACGCCGGAAAUGAGGGAGGCGAUCGAGAGCGUGAAGUACAUCGCGGAGAACAUGCAGCUGCAGAACGAAGCCAAAGAG